CACGGUCUGUGUGCCUCCAGGGUUUAGUUGAGCGAGUUCCCGACAAAGCAUUUGACAUUAUCGAGCGCGCAAGCUUGCCGUGUUGUGGUACUUGCACCGGGAGAAGGAAGGUGGAGACUGUGGGAGUCGAGUGAAAGUGGAAUCGAGGAAAUCGGUGGAGUGUGCAGGGUUUUCUGGAUGUUUUGAUGCGCCUCAGCUGCGAGACGUGCUGUAUUCUUCUUCCAUUGAGUGGCGGGAUGCAGUGCGAAUUAUAACCUUGUUCCGGAGGAUUUUUGUUGCAGCAUUGUAUGGGACAGAAAUUCGAUCCGUUAAUUUCACCAACUUGAAUCGUUGACAAACGAACGAAACGAGUGCGAGAUACUUUGUGGAGUCCGCGCUUGGUUUUUUUAAACUUCAUUUAAUUUUUUUAGCGUGGAAAGAGCAACUCAGCAUCGAGAGAACGACCUGGAUCUCUUGCAGGGGGGAGAGGCCCCCAAUCCUCUAAUUUCUCGCAGGUUUUCGUCGUCCAACACAAUGAUGGGCAUGGAUGAUGAUCAUAGGAUGGAUGUGGAAAACCCAUUGAUGGGUUCCUAUCAGGAGAAACCGAGGACAUUUUCGUCUUUGAAAAACAAGCCUUUCUGGCUCGUACAGACGGCUCUCAGACUGGACAGACGCGUCUACUACCUCCUUGCUCUGUUUACUGUGUUUUUCUUGUUCUACAUUGGGUCACAAAGCUCUCCGAUCAUCUUGUUUGUCUUCACAAUAUGCAUAGGCAGCUUGGUGUAUGCAAUCUACCUCGCAAGUUGGGUUCUUGCAAAGGACGAGGGGCCGCCUGAGAUGAGUGAGAUAUCCGAUGCAAUCCGAGAUGGAGCAGAAGGAUUCUUCCGCACACAAUAUGGAUCCAUAUCUAGAAUGGCAGGAGUUUUGGGGUUCGUCAUUCUUGGAAUCUACAUGUUCCGCAAGUCUACACCAGAACAAGAGGCUGCUGGACUUGAGAAGUCAACGUUGGCUUUCAUUACUUCUCUAUCCUUUCUAUUGGGAGCUGUUUGUUCGGGUAUUGCUGGCUACAUUGGCAUGUGGGUGUCGGUCCGAGCCAAUGUGCGUGUGUCUAGCGCUGCUCGGCGCUCUGCACGAGAGGCGCUCCUGGUGGCUGUGCGUGCUGGAGGCUUCUCCGCUCUCAUUGUGGUUGGAAUGACAGUAAUGGGAGUUGCAGUGCUAUUCGCAUCCUUCUAUGUCUUCCUUAGUGUUGAUACUAUUCAUAACAUGAAGAUGACUGAGUUGCCUUUGCUGCUGGUUGGCUAUGGUUUUGGUGCUUCGUUUGUUGCGCUCUUUGCACAACUAGGAGGGGGGAUAUAUACAAAAGCUGCAGACGUAGGUGCAGAUCUGGUGGGUAAAGUGGAACAAGGGAUCCCUGAAGAUGAUGCAAGGAAUCCUGCCGUAAUUGCUGAUCUGGUCGGAGACAACGUGGGAGAUUGUGCUGCCCGUGGUGCGGAUUUAUUUGAAAGUAUUGCAGCUGAAAUUAUCAGUGCCAUGAUUCUUGGUGGCACCAUGGCCAAGCGCUGCAAACUAGACGAUCCAUCUGGGUUUAUCCUCUUUCCCCUGGUUGUACAUUCAUUUGAUUUGGUUGUAUCUGCUAUCGGGAUUGCUUCAAUCAAAGGCACUCGAGACCCCAGCUCAAAGUCACUCAUUGAAGAUCCUAUGAUCAUUUUACAGAAAGGAUACUCUGUCACGCUCUUCUUAGCGGUGUUAGCUUUUGGAGGAUCAACAAGAUGGCUUCUCUACACUGAACAGGCCCCUUCGGCUUGGUUUCAUUUUGCUCUUUGUGGGCUGGUUGGUAUUGUUACUGCAUACGUUUUUGUUUGGAUCUCUCAGUACUACACCGACUACAAGUAUGACCCAGUUCGUCAGGUGGCCCUGUCGAGCACAACGGGACAUGGAACCAACAUCAUUGCAGGUGUGAGUCUUGGCCUUGAGUCAACAGCAAUGCCGGUUCUUGUCAUCAGCCUAUCUAUUGUCACCGCGUACUGGCUUGGAAAGACAUCUGGACUUCAGGACAAUCAAGGAAUUCCAACUGGAGGGCUCUUUGGAACAGCUGUAGCGACUAUGGGCAUGCUCAGUACUGCGGGCUAUGUGUUGACGAUGGACAUGUUUGGACCCAUUGCAGACAACGCUGGAGGCAUUGUUGAAAUGAGUCAACAGCCAGAGAGUGUUCGGGAGAUCACUGAUUUGCUGGAUGCAGUUGGUAACACUACUAAAGCAACUACUAAAGGUUUUGCCAUCGGCUCAGCUGCCUUAGCUUCCUUCCUUCUCUUCAGUGCUUACAUGGACGAAGUGUCUUCAUUUUCUGGCGUUGCCUUCACUACGGUGGAUAUUGCAAUCCCAGAAGUAUUUGUAGGAGGCUUGUUGGGGUCUAUGCUUAUUUAUCUGUUCAGUGCCUGGGCAUGUGCUGCUGUGGGCCGAACAGCUCAAGAAGUUGUCAGUGAAGUCCGCAGGCAGUUUUCUGAGCGGCCUGGUAUCAUGACGUACCAAGAAAAGCCAGACUAUGCUCGGUGUGUAUCCAUCGUUGCGGCUGCGUCUCUCCGUGAGAUGAUCAAACCAGGGGCUCUGGCAGUCAUCUCUCCAAUUGUAAUUGGUCUUGUUUUUAGGCUUGUUGGGCAAGCUACAGAUCAGCCGCUGCUGGGAGCCAAGGCUGUGGCUGGCAUGCUCAUGUUUGCAACGGUCUCAGGUAUCUUGAUGGCCCUCUUCCUCAACACUUCUGGAGGGGCUUGGGACAACGCAAAAAAAUAUAUUGAAAGCGGGGCUUUUGGUGGGAAGGGCAGCGACGCCCAUAAAGCGGCGGUUACUGGUGAUACAGUUGGAGAUCCUUUUAAAGAUACUGCUGGACCUUCUCUCCAUGUGCUAAUCAAGAUGCUCGCUACCAUCACACUGGUCAUGGCACCGCUCUUCCUGGACAAUUGAAAAUCUACAGCCAGGCAAUUUUUCACUCAUUUGGAGUUUGUCGAGGUUUUGUUUUAGACAUGCUGUAAUUACUAUAGCAAGGCAAUUGACACUCUUUCGUCGCAGGCUUCUCAAAGCACCUUCAUCAGACACAAUCAGGUGAAAGUAGUAGCUGGUUUGGUUGUGAUAAGAGCUGCAAUGUUCUGAUGGAAGUAGCGCAGGUCCUAGAUUGUUGGGUCACGAUUUUAAUGGUAGUACUUCAUUUUAGCGAGGUGAUGGUUUUUUCCUAUUCUUAUAAGGAGAGUACAUUGUCGCUGAGUAAAUUGUUGUAUUGACGGGAAAGAAAACAUGCACAAGUUUCUACAGAUUACUGAAGCAGCAAGCGAUUAGGUGAAAGAGCUAUUCAUCUCGUGGAAAGAUCCGCCUUGACCCAUUUCGGGAUGUAGUAUUUUGAAAUUGGUGGUAUUAUUGAUUGUUGCCAAAUUUUGGUUGGA